AUGCACAAAGUCUUUCCCUCGGACUUUUUUAAUUUCGAGUUUCUGCGUCUCCUUGGUACUGUUCCGUUCCAGGGUGCUGAAGUUGGAGAAUGCCUCACCACCGCCAGCCAUAUCAAAGAUGGUGACCCAGAGAGUUGGUACAAAGCCUGGAGAGAACAAGCCGAGAAGGCACAGGCUUUGGCUGAGGAAGCUGCUGCUGUCGGUGACAGGACAGGAGCAUGCUGGGCUUAUAUCCGCUCAGCCAACUACUGGCGUGCUAGCGAGUUUCUCCUCCACUGCACUCCUAAUGAUCCACGCAUUCUGCCUUCGUCAAAGGCCAGUGUUGAAGCUUUUGACAAAGGAUGGGUCUUGCUAGAUGCCACUGUCAAGAAUUUAGAUAUUCCUUACGAGAAAGACAUCAGACUACCUGGAAGACUAUACGUCCCUGCCCCCCAGCACAGACUACCUGGCAAGAUCCCACUCGUUCUUCAGACCGGAGGUUUCGACUCUACCCAGGAAGAACUUUACUUUUACGGUGCCGCUGGUGCUCUUCCUCGAGGCUAUGCCGUCUUCAGCUUUGACGGUCCUGGCCAGGGUCUUCCUCUACGUGUCGGAAAGCUGAGCCUUCGACCAGACUGGGAGAAGGUAGUCAGCCAGGUCUUGGACUUCGUCACAGAUGAAGUCGCCGCUGACUACGAUCUGGAUCUUGAUCGCCUCGCUAUCUUUGGCGCCUCAUUGGGUGGCUACCUGUCACUGCGCGCUGCCGUCGAUCCCCGAAUCAAGGCAUGCGUCUCUUGCGAUGGGCCCUACGAUCUAUUUGAGAUCACCCGCAGCCGCAUGCCCGCCUGGUUCAUCAACGGAUGGGUGUCCGGUUGGUUGAGUGACAGCAUCUUCAACUGGGUAGUCGACCGCCUUACAGCCGUCAAUUUCCAGAUCGCAUGGGAGUUUGGUCACGGAAAAUGGGUCUUUGGGGUAGACACCCCCGCAGAUGUUCUCCGUGUUAUGCAGCAGAUUUCGCUCAAGGGCGGUUACCUCUCCAAAAUCAAGUGUCCCACCUUGAUCACUGGCGCAGCGGAUUCUUUCUACUUCACGCCCGACCUAAACUCAAACCCCAUAUUUGAGGGGCUGACGUCCUUGGGACCCAACGACAAGCACUUGUGGAUUGGUAAGGGAGUGGAUUUUGGUGGCUUACAGGCUAAGAUUGGGGCUUUGGCUGUGGUUCACCAGAAGAUGUUUUCGUGGCUGGACGUAACAAGCAAGAAGACAGAUCUCAGAGAAGAUGGCACCAUUUGGAACGCUCUAUUCUUUCAUGCCAAAUGGCAGGGUCUUCAAGCAGCCAAACUCAACAAGCUCGACAUCGAGAUUCCCCCUUACCAACACUUUGUGACCAACAAGUCCACUGAGUUUCUCAUCAAAUUCCCCGCUGGCAAAGUUCCAGCCUUUGAGGGAGCUGACGGGUUCUGUCUUGCUGAGUCAGACGCGAUCGCCAGAUAUGUUUCCCAAUGCGGACCUCGCGCUGGUCAACUCCUUGGAGAGGACGCUAUGACAUCAGCAAAGAUCCAACAGUGGAUUUCCUUCUUCGCUGAUGAGAUCUACCCUGCCGUACUGGACCUCGUCAUGUGGAGAGUAGGAAUGACCCCCUUUGAUCAAUCUACUGAGGCCAAGGCACUGGCCCGAUUGGAACACGCGCUGACUGUGUUGGAGAAGCAAUUGGAGUUAGGCACUCGACUUGUUAGGGACGUAGUUACACUUGCUGACUUGACCGGGGCUUCUUCUCUGCUGUGGGGAUUUAUGCACGUUAUUGAUGAGCCCAUGAGGAAGCAGUUCCCGAAUGUUUUGACUUGGUAUUUGAGCACGAUUGAGAACGUUGAUGUGAAGGAAGUCUUUGGAGUUCCUAACCUGAUUGAGCAGAGACGCUCCGGUGCUUGA